CUUGUUAUGUCAUACACAAUCCCAAAACCCCUUCCGCUCAAGACACUCCCAUCUCCUAAAAGUUCAAAGAUCUCAAUUAUCAUAUACUUUCUUGAUCAUUAUAAGUGUUUUUAGCAGAUCACAUAGAUUCUUGCAAAAUAAUGAGAACUUGUUUACCAUUCUCUGUUCUUUUCUUCUGCUUUCUCCUUCUUCUUGUUGAUGUUCAAGGAAUUCGUUUGGAGAAAGAGGUAGUCCAACAAUAUUCACUUGUGAACCAAAGAAUUCAGGAAGAACAGAAGAGUAAAUUGAUGGAAGUUGAUGAAGAAAUAGUGAUUAUAUGCAGAGAUGGCCAUUGUUUAUCAUCAUCAUCAGGUAUGAGAACAAGAAAACUUUUAACAAAGACAGCAACAACAACAUCCCCAACUCCGACUACUAAAGUUGGUUCAAAGCCAAGCAAAAAAAGGAGCGGAAAACUGCAUGAAAACAAAGAGAAGGUUGAUUCUAUCAAAGCAUCAUCACAUAUUCCGGCUGAGCAUGGGGAGGAUGUUGGUGCGGCGCAUUACCCUGAUAUCAUCGAUAUAGCUGGGAUGGAUUACACAACAGCCAGGAGAAAACCACCAAUUCAUAACUAAAAGCCCGAGUGUUUUUUGUUUUUUUUGUUUGUUUGAGGUGUGGGAUAUGUGUAAACCAAAGGAAAAAGAAACUAUAAUUAGGAAAGAAUUAAAAGGGUUUGAUACAUAAAUGAAGCUGUGAACAGCAUUGCAGAAAAUGCUGCAGUUUCUUAGGGUUAGGGUCUGAUUUUUGUACAGAGAAAGUACAUUUUUCUGAUUAAUAUUUAUAUAUCUCUAUAUUGAAAAUUAUCUGUUUGUAUACAGUAUUAGUGCA